UUCCUGGCGGCGGCGGCGGCCGGGCCCCGGAGCGGCUUCGUGUCCUCAAACCCGCCUCGGGGGGGAGCCGAGGGGAGGCCCCGGUGCCUGGGGAGGAAGAGGAGGGAGGGAGGAAGGCCGGGAAGGAGGGAGAGGCCCCGCGGCUUCUUCCCCCGGGCCGGGCUGGCCCGCCCCGAGGGGUCGAUGCGAGCCCCCGGGCUGCUGGCUGAUGAGACCUCCGCGGGGCUGCCGGAGGCGCGGAGUCGUCGUGGGCACCGUCACCCUCUGCCUGGCCGCCGGGUGGGCUCUGCAGACCCCUGGAGGAGUAUCAUUAACUGUCCCACAGCCCAACAUCAACGCAACGGUGGCACAAAAUAUCCUCCUCUCGGUUGAAUACUCUUGCAGAGGCGUCGCCACCGUUGAGUGGAAGCAUGUGUCGAGCUGGGGCACCACCAAAAUUGUGGAGUGGAAAAGUGGGAAUUACGUUAACAUAUCCGCUGUCUACAAGGACAGAGUGACUAUUUUUGAAAAUGGCUCUAUACAGCUUCUGAACGUGGGCAUGAGAGAUGCUGGCUACUAUUUUGUCACUGUCACAGAGGAGCAUGGAACCAACACCUACGGCGCCAUCAUAGUCAAUGUUUAUGAGAUUAUCUACGAAGAUAUACAUUUUGUAGCGGUUCUCUUUGCAUUUCUCGCUGCAGUAUCUGCCAUUUUGAUCUGCUUCAUGUGGCUGUGUAAUAAAUCCCUGCACCUAUUCCAGAAGACGACACAUAAGCUCUCAGCAAGUACAACUGAAGAGAUUGAACUGGAAACCAUUGAAUGUUAGCCAAGGACUGUCUCAUAACAAAAAUAACAAUUCUACCUCAGGAGAAAGUAUUGGCAAGGAAAGCAAGAAGAAACUUAUAAGGUAAAGUGUCUGUGACUACUGUAGAAGCUGUUUGGCUUGCAAAGCUAAUAGGACAUGAAAUGAGCUGCGUCUGAUGGAGCUGUUUUGACCUGUGACAUUUUCAGCUCUGCUAGUCAUUGUCAAAGUAAAAGAGUACGCUUUCAUGGCUGAGCACAAACACAUUUUUGUGGCUAACUAAUAAAAUCUACAGCCUCUGCCACUCUUAAAAACAACCAACCAACUAGUAUCAACCCAUAAAGGAAAUGAUCAUGCUCUUGAAGGACGCCUGCAUUUUGGCUACGGCAAGUAUCCUGCUAUAGACCAACCAGCCAUUAGGAUCAUUCAACGUAAAUUUAUUAUGUCUAAUUACAGUAUUACAUUAAAAAAAAUUAACUGCAA